AUGUUGACAUCCAUCAGGGCUCUUUGGCAGAUGUUCCAGGGCGGCUUGAAAGGUCACUUUUGCAGGUGCUUCCGUUGUGGCAAUCACCGACCUCACCUGGCGCUCUUCCUGGACUCAGCCAGCCUUGUCGUGUUGACUUCAUUUUUUUUCUUGGUCUCCAGACCUCUCUCAUCCAUGCCUCUUUGUAUACUGCACCAUGCACUGGUUGCAGAACUUGCUGUCGGUCUUUGCAGAGAGAACCGACAUGCGGUAGUGGUGUGGGUUGAUGAUGGCCAAGGGUUUAAAUGUGCAUUGUUGCCAGGCUUCACACAGAGUGCUGCAACCGACAGUACCUGGUCGCUAACGGCGCAUAGCAGCGAAGAACUAUAUAUAUAUGCUGUGUAA